AAGGAAUUCCCUACGUCUCAUGAGCAGGACAGAGUUCGAUAUUGCUUUCAACUUCAGGUAGCUGCAGAGUGCCAGAGAGAUGGGAGAAGUCAGGAUUUCACUUGGAGCUGGCGACAGAGGUUUGGAGAAUCCAGCGUUAGAGCUCACGGAAGCAGACAGAAAUCCGCAGGUGGCAGAGAACCCUUGGCCUUCUGAGAUCAAGGAGGGCAAUGAUGUGCAUGAUACUUCUUUCCAGAGGAUCAAGAAUGCAGCAGCUGAGCCUUUCUCUAAAGCAAGGUGCUUUUGCAAGGCUCAUGCCAAGAUACUACGGAAGAUCUUCUUGGGCAUCCUGUGUGCAGGCUAUGUGGCCUACUUCAUUGCAGCCUGUUGGCUGGACUUUGACCGAGCCUUGGCUUUGGUCGUUUUGACUGCCCUGGUGGUUUGUUUCAUGAUCUAUAGCAUGGUCAAGAAAUUCUGGGGUUCCAAGAUUUUCCAGAUGUUCAGCCCUUUCCGAAAAUGCUGCCGGAGCAUCUGGCCAUGGCUGAAAUGGGUGCUGUGUGCAAUCAUUUUGAUCGGCCUGGUAGUGUGGCUGGUUCUUGACAUGUCCCAGAGGCGAGAGCAGUUGGUGUCCCUGGGUGGCUUCGCUGCGCUGGUGCUGGUGCUCUUUGUCUGCUCCAAACACCAUGGAGCCGUGUCGUGGAGAGCUGUGUUCUGGGGGCUUGGCCUGCAGUUUAUCCUUGGAGUGUUCAUCAUCCGGACAGAACCUGGAUUUCAGGCCUUCCAGUGGCUUGGUACUCAGAUUCAGACAUUCCUGAACUACACCACAGCUGGUUCCAGCUUCGUCUUUGGAGACAAAUUGAUCCAAGAGGCAUUUGCCUUUCAGGCAUUGCCCAUCAUUGUCUUCUUCAGCUGUGUGAUGUCCAUUCUCUACUACCUGGGAGUCAUGCAGUUCAUAAUCCUGAAGUUGUCCUGGCUCCUGCAGAUCACCAUGGGCACAGCAGCCACAGAAUCUCUGAGUGUGGUGGGGAACGUGUUUGUGGGAAUGACAGAAGCGCCACUGCUCAUCCAUCCCUACCUGCUGGACAUGACACGGUCAGAGGUUCAUGCUGUGAUGACUGGCGGCUUUGCCACCAUUGCUGGCAGUGUGAUGGGAGCUUACAUUUCAUUUGGGAUUGAUGCCUCAUCCUUGAUUGCUGCUUCAGUAAUGGCAGCACCUUGUGCUUUGGCUAUGGCUAAGCUCGUCUACCCGGAAGUGGAAGAAUCUAAGUUCCGGAGCCAGGAGGGCGUGAAAAUUGCUUGUGGGGAGGAGAAAAAUGUCCUGGAAGCUGCCAGCAAUGGAGCAGCCGUCUCUGUGGGGCUGGUGGCCAACAUCGCGGCCAACCUGAUAGCAUUCCUGGCUGUACUGGAGUUCAUCAAUGCUGCCCUCGCUUGGCUGGGAGGCAUGGUCAAUCUGCCAGAACUCUCCUUCCAGUUGAUUUGUUCCUAUGUCCUGGUGCCUGUAGCAUUCUUGUUGGGAGCAAGUUGGGAGGAUGCCCCGGUGGUAGCUGAGCUUCUAGGAAUCAAGAUAUUCUUAAAUGAGUUUGUGGCUUAUCAACAGCUCUCAGGCUACAAAGAGAAACGAUUGAAAGGACUACCCGAGUGGGACGGGACACACAAGCAGUGGAUUUCGGAGAGAGCUGAAAUCAUAACAACCUUUGCUCUUUGUGGAUUUGCCAAUCUGAGCUCCAUUGGGAUCAUGCUGGGAGGCUUGACUUCCAUGGCACCGCAACGCAAGGGUGAAUUUUCCAGCAUCGUUCUCCGGGCUUUGUUCACUGGAGCCUGUGUGUCCUUGAUCAACGCAUGCCUUGCAGGUAUCCUUUAUGUGCCCAGAGGAGAGGUGACUGACUGCCUAGACUUCUUUAGCAAAACCAACCUAAACUCUACCAGCUACCCAGUCUAUAUUUGCUGCCAAGACUUGUUCACCUGCACCUCAACUGCAACAAAUGGUUCCCUUUCUUUCUCUGGCAUUUGGGAAAGCUUGGAUGUUGGGACUUCGGCGAUGUAUCUGCAACAGUGCUGUGCUCACUAUAAUGCCACAGCCUGUCCCAAGCCAUAA